CGCGUCCUGCCCUCCCCGCCAGAGGCCCACCCCCAAAACCCAGACUCCCGCCUCUAAACCCUAGCCGCCGGCGCUGCCUAUAUUCCCCUCUCUCCCUCCUCCGCAGCCUCCUUCCAUUUGUCUGGGAGAGGCGGCCGAGCGAGCGAGCGAGCGAGCGCGGAAGCAUCCCCCGGCAGAUUCGUUCUUCUGGUGCAACAGCCAUGGAUAUCACUCAGAUUCUGCUAGCUGCCCAGUCUCCAGAUGGCAACCUUCGCUCAGCAGCAGAAGGCAACAUCAAGCAGUUCCAGGAGCAGAAUCUUCCCAACUUCCUCCUAUCCUUGUCAGUGGAGUUAUCGAAUGAUGAAAGACCACCAGAGUCUAGAAGACUUGCUGGUAUUAUCCUUAAGAACUCACUGGACGCAAAGGAUUCUGCAAAGAAGGAGCUGCUGACUCAACAAUGGGUCAGCUUGGAUCACUCGAUCAAAUUGCAGAUUAAGGAGUCAUUGCUGAUAACACUAGGAUCUUCGGUGGGUGAUGCGCGGCAGACGUCAUCACAAGUCAUUGCAAAGAUUGCAUCCAUUGAGAUACCCCGUCGGGAAUGGCAAGACCUCAUUGCCAAAUUAUUGAGCAACAUGACGCAGCCUGGGGCCUCUGCGCCACUAAAGCAAGCAACUCUAGAAGCAUUGGGGUAUGUGUGUGAGGAGAUUCCUCCUGAGCACUUGGAGCAGGAUCAAGUGAACGCUGUUCUGACUGCUGUGGUUCAGGGGAUGAACCAGACAGAGCUAAGCUCUGAAGUCCGUCUUGCAGCAGUUAAAGCUCUGUAUAAUGCUCUUGACUUUGCUGAGAGCAACUUUGCAAAUGAGAUGGAGAGGACCUUUAUAAUGAAGGUAAUUUGUGAUACUGCUGUAUCUAAGGAAGUGGAGAUCAGACAGGCAGCCUUUGAAUGCCUUGUGGCAAUUGCAUCCACAUAUUAUGUGCACUUAGAUCCUUAUAUGCAAACCAUAUUCAACCUGACAGCUAAUGCUGUCAAAGGAGAUGAGGAACCAGUUGCACUGCAGGCUGUUGAGUUCUGGAGUACUAUUUGUGAGGAAGAGAUUGAACUCCAAGAGGAAUAUGAGGGAUCUGAUGAUGCUAACUCAACUGUAAAUUAUCGCUUCAUUGAGAAGGCCCUCCCUUCACUUGUUCCAAUGCUGCUAGAAACUCUGUUGAAGCAAGAGGAAGAUCAAGAGCAAGAUGAUAAUGCUUGGAACAUUUCCAUGAGUGGCGGAACAUGCCUUGGACUCAUUGCUAGAACUGUUGGUGAUGCAAUUGUCCCUCUUGUGAUGCCAUUUGUGGAAGCUAACAUCACAAAGCCAGACUGGCGUUGUCGUGAGGCAGCCACUUUUGCAUUUGGUUCUAUCCUUGAUGGCCCAUCCCUUGAGAAACUUGCUCCCCUGGUACAGGCCGGACUUGAUUUCUUGCUCAAUACAAUGAAUGAUCCAAACAGCCAGGUAAAAGACACCACUGCAUGGACUCUUGGACGGGUAUUUGAGCUUUUGCAUUCUCCAUGCAGUACUAAUCCAAUCAUAUCAAAUGCAAACCUUCCUCGUAUCAUGGCUGUGCUGCUAGAGAGUAGCAAAGAUGUUCCAAAUGUGGCUGAGAAAGUCUGUGGAGCCAUAUAUUUUCUUGCCCAAGGUUAUGAAGAUGCAGAGCCGGCCUCAUCUUUGCUUACACCUUAUCUUCCUAAUGUUAUUGCUGCACUCCUUACUGCCGCGGAUCGUGGUGAUAUGACCCAUGUGAGGCUUCGUGCAUCUGCUUAUGAAGCGCUGAAUGAGAUUGUAAGAGUCAGUAACAUACCCGAAACUUCAAGCAUUAUAGGCCAGUUAUUGCAGGAGAUCAUGAGAAGAUUGAACCUGACAUUUGAUCACCAAAUAUUUUCAUCAGGCGACAAGGAGAAGCAAAGCGAUCUGCAGGCUUUGCUGUGUGGUGUACUGCAGGUCAUUAUCCAGAAACUGAGCAGCUCAGAUGCAAAGUCCAUAAUUGCACAGACUGCUGAUCAGCUGAUGCUUCUGUUUCUCCGCGUCUUUGCCUGCCACAGUGCUACUGUACAUGAAGAAGCAAUGCUUGCCAUUGGUGCUCUUGCUUAUGCCACAGGUCCAGAUUUUGUGAAAUACAUGCCUGAGUUUUUCAAGUACCUUGAGGCAGGCUUGCAGAAUUAUGAAGAAUACCAAGUAUGCUCCAUCUCUGUAGGGGUGGUGGGUGAUAUUUGCCGUGCCUUGGAAGAUAAAAUUUUGCCCUUCUGUGAUGGGAUCAUGACUGUGCUUCUCAAGGAUCUCUCAAACUCACAGCUCAACAGGUCUGUCAAGCCUCCGAUUUUCUCAUGCUUUGGAGACAUUGCUCUUGCCAUCGGUGAGAAUUUUGAGAAGUACCUGCCGUAUGCUAUGCCAAUGCUUCAAGGGGCGGCUGAGCUUCUUGUUGUUUUGGAUCAAAAUGAUGAGGAUAUGGUUGAUUAUGGUAACCAGCUCAGACGGGGAAUAUUUGAGGCGUACUCUGGCAUACUACAGGGCAUAAAGGGCGCAAAAGCUCAGCUGAUGAUACCUUAUGCAGGACAUCUGUUGCAGUUCACUGAAGCUGUCUACAAAGAUCGGAGCAGGGACGAGAGCGUGACAAAGGCUGCAGUUGCUGUCCUGGGGGAUCUUGCGGACACGCUUGGGCCAAUCUCGAAGGAUCUGUUCAAGAGCCACCUCUUCCACGUUGAGUUCCUGAGGGAGUGCCUCGAUUUGGAUGAUGAAGUCAGGGAGACGGCGUCAUGGACCCAGGGGAUGAUAAACCAAGCGAUAGUCUCCUAGACGAGAAAUUAUCUUGCGUCGUCUGUUAUGGUGGAUGUUUGGUUUUGUUGCUGCGCCAAACUCCGUUUGGGUUUGGUUCAGAUGAACAGAAGGGUACCAAAGUAUAGCGUCAGUCAGUCGUAGGAACAUUGUCGUAGAUGUUUUCUGUGGUGGUUUAUUAUUUUCAGUCUGUCAAGUCGUUAUGCGUCACAUUCGACGGCAGUGGGGUUUAUGGGCAUUGGACGUCUUGAACAGCUAAACUUAUUAUUGUAUUCUACUCGUUUGUGUUGCGUA